GGUUUUAUAGUACACAUUGUUCAGGGGCGGACAGACAGGCAGCCAGACAGGCAGGCAGGCAGGCAUGCAGGCAGAGAGAAGCUUGCCGGAAUGUACUAUUGGCUGUUUGUGGCAGCUGUAACCCAUGGUAACCCUUGGUUACAGAACACACACACGGCAGAGCAGCAUGACACAAACUGUCACUUAUUGUAUCCGGAAUGAGCUGAGGCGAGAAGGGGGGAAAAGUGAAGGAAAAGAAAGAGGAAUGUGUGCGCAUUGCAAGUGCAGAAGAAACCCUGCUUAUUACCAGCUGACUGCUUCCUUAAUGCUUUAAUGCCGUGCUGUUUAUUUUUGAAUUUACAAUAUCUUCACUGGCUGAAUGUUGCCGUGUCUGGAUUUUGAGUAGAUUUGACCCCACCAGCUGGAUCCAUGGCCUCUCCAAGACAGCUGCUCAGUAGUGCUGCCAAAGCAAAGUCAUUAUUAAGGGGGGAUCAGUAAUUUAGUACUGUUCUGUACAGAAUUUUGCCACAGCACUGUUUUCAAAGGUGACCUGAGAGUAUAGUGCAGUCUAUUUUCAUUGUGAACUAAAUAGCUGCCAUUGAGUCUGCUUUUAUAUGAGCUUGGAUUAGAGUGUCAGAGGAUUGGCUUGAUAGGUUGCAGCUUGUGUUGGACUGGAAGACGAAGGACUAACAGUUGCUUCUGGGUGUAGAUGUAUGAGAGUCCUUUCAAGCCUGUUGCUGACCAAGAUGCAAGUAACCAUCUGGGAGAAUCCAUGAAACCAAAGCAGCAGCCCAAGGGCAGUCUCCAGCAUCAACUGGAUUUGAUAAAGCCACCAGUCGGAAGGGGCUCUUCCCAAGGGAAUGUUACUGAUGUUUCUGAAUCAAAAAGAGAACUAGCAUCAGUUAACAGGAGCUCUCUUCCACAUUCGACAAAUGCUUACACCAAAUCACUACAAAGGAAAGUGACAGGAAGCUCACCUUCAUGCCCGUUUACUUCAGAUAUGUUAAGCCAAAUCCCUGGCUCCCAAACAAGUCCGCUUUCUGCAGCAAAUAUGCCACCAGCCACACAGACAGAAAGUAGUAUUACUACACUUAUAACUUCAAAAAGAGACAAGGGUCUACUGGAGGUCACCGAGCUUGUCUUUGGUAACAUCAAGAGGAAAUAUGGCCGAAAAGACUCGGUGAGAAAUUUGACAUCAUACAAUUCAGAAUUUCAGAUUGGGAAGAAGGCAGGAAAUGACCCUUUGACUGAAACUCCAGAUAAAGCUAAAGAGAAGCAAACUUUUCAGCUUGAAAAAACUAAUGGACCUCUUUCUGGAGGGACCGAGACUGCUGGGAAAAAUGCAGAGAUGGAGGGCAAGUAUCUUCCGGUAGCAGUUCCAGCAAGGGUCGAUGAGUAUAAAGUGCAUCCUUGGAGAAAGAAACAAUAUGGAGAGUCAUUGAAAGAUCCCAUCCCUCUGUGGGAUUUAACAGAGGUGGCCUCUGAGUUGGACAGAAAGGCUGACAGAGGUUUUUCUGAGCCAAAACCUCCAAAUAGGCUUGAGCUAAGGACCACACAUCAGAUUGAAAACAGUCACACUGAGGCAGGGACUGUGGUAGCAAUGACUGAAUUAGCUGACGUAUGUAAGAAUAAGCUGAGGAAAAACCCUGUGAGGAGACCUAAUGCACCAAUGGAACUGUAUCAUCAUGAUACAAAACUUCUAAAACCAAAAGGCAAGGAAAGGUGGUCACAUCUGAAGUCCAAAUCCUCCCAUCACCAGACAAAUAGUAGCUAUCUAACAUCAACUGUCUUGGAGCCUCCUUCAGCUUAUCCCAUAACACCCUCUAGCCCUCUCUAUACCAAUACUGACAGCUUGACAGUCAUCACCUCCUUAAAAAAGAAGCGUGGACGACCAAAAAAACAGCCUUUGCUUACAGUAGAAACCAUUCAUGAGGGAACAUCUAGUAGUCCUAUAAGCCCCAUUUCAGGAGAGUCACUUGGUAAGAAAAGAAGGAAGAAGCAUAAUUUUUCAGGAAUUGAGGUGGCUAAAGUAAAAGCCUCCACUUAUUCUAAACAACUAAACCAUAAUAAAAACGCAGGGAAAACUAAUGUCUGGGACAAGAACAACCUCAAAAAGACAAAAAUGGUCAAGAUGAAUCACAUUUUGAAUGAGAUUUUGUCAUGUUCAACCAACAGUAAUCUGAUUUUGAAAUCCAGAGCUCCUGUGACAAAUGCUAUCUCAACUGUUUCAAAAAUUGAGGCCCACUUGGGCAAGCAGAUCAAUAUAAGUAAGCGAGGGACUAUUUAUAUUGGCAAAAAGAGGGGUAGGAAACCGAAAGCUGAGCUACAGGCCCAGCAAGACCAACACAAAAUCAAUGGUAAGCAUUCUGUGUCUAGCCAAUUUGUGAAUCCAACAGUGCCUUCUAAUCCACAGUCAGUGUUAGCAGUUGCUUCUCCUAGGAUCAUGCCAUUACCCUCUGCUCCAGCUGCAGGUCCUGGUGGGAAACUAUGCCUUGCUAACACAGAGACAGGUCUGAGAGAGUUGAAGACCAUGCCAAAUCUGCAGGUUGUCAGUGCAUUGCUCACAAAAGCUCCAAAGGGUUUUCACAGCAACACCUGGAAGCUCUCCCCCCCUAGACUUAUGACAAACUCACCAUCUCAUCUCUCUGAGGUGACUUCUCUGAAAGAGGGCACCUUGUCUCCCAUCAGCGAGUCCCACAGUGAGGAAACGAUCCCAAGCGACAGUGGAAUCGGAACUGACAACAACAGCACUUCAGAUCAAGCAGAGAAAGGCCCUACAUCUCGCAGGAGGUACUCUUUUGACUUCUGCAGCUUUGAGCCACCUGAAGGUGCUGCACUUGCCUCCAGCAGAGCCAAGCGGGGACAUUGCCAGAAGCAUGUGGAUGCUGUCACUGUAAAGACUUUCCUUGCACAAGAAAACCUGAAAAAGCAGAAGCACCGUCGCAAAAGGAAGGGCAUUCAAAGACGAGAUGACCUUCAGUUUUUAGCUGACCUUGAGGAACUCAUUGACAAGUUCCAGGUCUUCCGCAUUUCCCAUCGCACUUACAGCUUCUGUCGUGAGAGCUUAUAUCCAAGCAUCUUCCGGGUGAACUUCAACAACUACUACCCUAUGCCAUACUUCCCUUUUGAUCCACUGCAUUAUCUUCGCAGGAAUUCGGAAAUCAAGCCUAAAAAGCGGUGUGGUAGGCCAGCCCAAGCUAAUGAGCCAAUGUCAAAAAUGCCUUUCAUCCCAGGAUUUAGCUAUCCCUUUCCCAGUGGCAAUUACUAUGCACCUUACGCAAUGCCUUAUACAUCAAUGCCGAUUGCCACCAGUAUGGUGAACCUAGGCUAUUAUGGCCAAUAUCCAGCUCCUGUGUACUUGUCUCAUACUCUUGGGGCAACAGCCUCUCCUUUCAUGAGGCCAGCCGUGCCACCACCCCAGUUCCAUUCCAGUGCCCAUGUAAAAUUAGCAACUUCUGCCAAACAUAAGAUCAAACUUGGAUCUCAGCAGAUGCCCUCUACUGGAAUGGAAGAUGCCAAGUCGUUGUUGGUGGCUCCUGCAGGUGGUGCGGGUAACUUGCCUAGUGUUCGGGUUCACAAGCGCAAACACAAGCACAAGCACAAACACACUGAGGACCAGCUCUCCAGGUCUGAGAGCAAAGACCUGGGUGGACUGUUCAGUGGAUCAAAGAACCGUUGCUUCCUGAGCCUUCGGAGUGACAGGCUGGGGGUGUCUGACAAUGAAGCCCCUUUAUCGAAACUGAAAGAUACGCUGCGGAACCAGCAAAGUCCGGGCACUCUGUUAAGAAGCUCCAGGAACAUCUUUGAAGUGGACAACCUCUCUACUUUAUCUCUGUCUGACUCACAGCAGUGGACGUGCACUCAUGAGCAGGGGGAACUGGUACAUGACCUCCAUGCUGCCUGCUCCCACCGGCUCUCCAAGAGAAUCCGGACCGGAAAGGAUCUGCCUUCUGACCUGCUAGGCAGGCUGCCGUCUCCGCAGGUGGCCCAAGCUGCCAUCAACAACAAGAGGCAAAGCUUGAAGGUGUUUGAGCUGUACAGACCGCAACACAUGGAGCCCUUCAGGAAAACCAGGAUGGAGAACAUGGAGCAAUCAUUUCACUGCCCAAGCCCUUCAUUGGAAGAACACAGUCACCCGGUGAAAAAGAUGUUCAAAAGAAAAGAAAUUGAGGAGAUUCAGUGUGAAGUGCGAAAGAGGUGUGCCUUCUCAAAAAUCCUCUCCACCAAGAAGAACCUGGGUCACGUCAACAAAAUUCUUAGGGCUAAGAGGCUCCAAAGGCAGGCCAAGACGGGCAACAAUGUGGUGAAGAAGAGACGGGGAAGGCCCAGGAAGAACCCCCUGCCCCUGGACCAGGAGCCCGUGGGCCAGAUGCCCGUGCUGGAGAGGUGCGUGGAUCUCCCCGAGAGGAAGGUGGGCCACUCCAGCCUGGCACCAGAACCCUUGGAGUGCUUUAGCCAGGACUCCAUCGUGGAUGCCAUUGAGUCAGUGGUCCACAUGGUCCAUAAGCAGCCUCAGGUGCCACCCACACGGGGCAGUAAACGUUGGUCCAAGACCCCAGAAGAGGCCCGGUCUAGCCGGCCACGGAGGUGAGGGGGGGAACACGAAGGAAGAGGGGUCACCGUCCCUUUGAACCAGAGAAGCCCUGGAUUCUUUCCAGCCUGCGACUCCUUUGUGCGCUCAGCACUGUGAUUGCUCCUUGCACUUGCAGCCUUUAACUAUUACGAGGUUUCAGAUGUGGAAUAUGCCGCUUGUUUGCUUUCCUUUUUAAAAAAAAAUUAAAUAUAACAGGAAAUACAUUGCACCUGAAUGACAGUAUUCCAACAAAGGCAUGAUAGUGUUGAAGUAAGUUGGACUGAAAAGCAUAUAGUCUCAGCUGUGGCCCUGCAAGCCUUUACCAGCAAGUAUGUGUCUGCGUGUGUGGGUGUCUAUAUACAGUAUAUGAAACUUUGGUAACUGGACCUUGAUUUUUAUUUCAUUUUUUUUUGUCAAAGUACAACAUAUUGAGUAUUCUGACCGCGCAUUGACAGAUGCUACUUUAUAACCACACUUGUGUUCAGACUUGUUUUGUCUCUGAUUCUAAAGGUAGAUGGCAAUACUGACAAGAGGACCCAUUGGAGGUCAUUUCUCCAGACUCAUUCACAAAGGGCCUAACUGUAUAUGGGACGCUUUCUUCUAAUAACAUGCCUUUUUUUUGUAUAAUAUUUCAGAAAAAAUAUAAGGCUUUUGUUGGUUAGUGACCAGGCAGGUUUACUAUAUAAAAACUAUACUACAUGUAGAAAUAUUAUGCCAUUGGCAGGAAAGAGUUAUUGUUGUUGUAUGUUAUUUCGUACACUUUAAGUUUACACCAAUUCUAAAUAUCAAAUGAAUCAGUUUCAGCACUUAAGAUACUUAAUACUUGUUGCCUUAAUUCAUUUUUGCUGGCUUUUGUUUGACACAAAUGUUAGCGAUGCAUUUUAAAUGCCAAAAAUAUAGCUUUAAUAUGCUGCCAGUAUGCCCUUCAAUUGUGUAUGGUGAUCUGUCAAUUUGGAAGAUGAUAUAGCCUACAUACAUUGAACUGGACUGUAUUCAGACCUGCAGCAUCCUAAGGUUCCAGUGAAAACAAAAGCAACCAGAACUAUAAAAGGAUUGAAUUCAAUCUCUAGACCCUAGUUCUCUGUCUUUAGAUUAUCUGGCCACAAAAUAUGCAGAAAUUAUUUUCUAUGUUAGUGGUUUAAGGCCUAUUUGUAAAGCAGGUAUAAAAAAGCCCUAUUAGAAUGAAGUUAUAAUUUGGUAGUCCUUGUGAUUCAUGAAAUUUGGACAAUACAUACACUUUCAUUGUAAUUGCCAUGUAGCAGUUAAUAUAACCAUAUCCAAGUGGCACAACAUUAAGUAUUUAUUUAGCUAUAACUAUGUAUAUAUUUUAAAGACCUGAAAUAGUCUGUAACACUAUAAUAGCCUUCCAUAAAAAUAUAAAAUUAGGACAACAUACUUGGUCAUUGGUCAUUUACAGAAUAUGUUCACACUGACCGGUAGAUUACAGUAUUACAGUAAGUAGGAAAAAUGCUACUUACUUGCACAACCCAUUGCAUUAUUGCACUGUACAAAGUAAUUCUCCUUUGAAAUUUGAAUGUUUGAGCGUGCUGUCACAAGGAAGAUGUUUGUAUUGGGCAAGUGUCUUGUCCCUUUCCCAAGAAAUGCACUAAAUACAUAUUUUAAUUAUACAGUCAUGACAAAGCACUUGAAUCAUUGGUUAUAUUGGUAGAAGACUACAUAUUUGAUUGGUUUCAGCCAUGUUGAUGCAAACUUCAUAGUCAUUGAAUAGUGCCAUGAAACAUAUUUUGCUGAUGCAAUAGUGGUUUUUGCAAGAAAUGCCUUGAUAAUGCAUUUUUUUCAGUAUUAACCUGUUUUGGCUGUAGACAACUAUCACCAAACUAAUCAGUAAUUUUUAAACAGAUAAAACAAGCUUAUAAAUAUAUUUACUGUGGAAUGUAAUUUACAAUACUGUUAAUUCACGUAUUUAAUGCAUACAAUUACUGAUUAUAUUGGAAGUAAUGGUAUAAAUGGUAAGAUACAUGUGAUACUGAGAAGUAACCUAAACUUACAAUGGGAAACCACUAAUUUAUCUCUAGCAAAUCAGGGCCAGGAAGAAUAGCACUCUUUCAGUGUAAAACCAUUUUGCAAUGAGGAUUGAGAGACUGCCAUUAUACAUUAACCAGAAUUCUUCAGCACAAUAUAAUGUUAAUGUGAAUUGAAAAGACCGAGUUGUAGAAAAAUAAAACAUUGCCUGAGAUUAGGUAUUAAUUGUUACGAGUUAUGUGUUCUACAGAUACAACUUAUUGAAAUACAAAAAUCCUUGAAUGGUUGUUUUAAGUAUCUUUUUAAAAAUGGCGUGAUACUUUAUGCAUACCACAAGCUUAUGAAUCAUUUCACUUAGGAAAAACUUACGCAAUAAUAUCUGAAAGAUCAAGGGCAAUACUCCGUGAUCCUUAUUUCAUUUCAACUGAAUAAUUUUUUUGUCAAGAAGUUGUAAAGAGCUUCAUAUUUUUUUUUACAUCUUAUUGCUUAUUUCCCUAUGCUUCAACUCUCUAAGGAUGUGCUCAACUUCGGAAAAAACGCCCUGCUGUUCAGUCAUUAUUCAGUGUUUUAUUGGAGUCCAGCAUGGACAGUAAGUCAGUUCACACUUUAUUUAGUUUGAAAAAUACAGUGGAUGCUCUCAGUAGCUAGCUCUGCAUGUAUAGAAAGAUGAUCGUUUUGUUUUACAGUAGUUAUUAAUGUGCCUUAUGUUUUGUUUCCAGAUGCAUUUCAUGUGUGGCAGAAGCCUAUGAAAGUAACAGUCGACUCUUAACAAGCUUCUGUUUUUCAUUGUGCCUUCUCACUGCAUAGGCUCUUAGCUUAUUUUAAAAAUCAGAUAUUAUUUGUUACUGUAUAAUAUUUAAAUUGUACAUAUUCCAUAAUGAAAUGUGUCAUUGCUGAAGACUGAAUUGUGUAUAUUUGAGUAAAUAUGGCCACCAAAAUAGACUGUGCCCUUGAAGGCUGCAGGUAAUUUGUAUUUAAUGGCAUCUACACAUCACUACUUUAUGUUUAAAUAGUUACAGUACUGGUCCUGCUAAUAAAAUAAUGACAUUGUAUAUCAAAGAUGAUGGAUGAUAUGAAAAGUGUUCGGUGUUUUUGUAAUUAGCGGUGUACUCCCCACACAUUCGUUGACAUAUUUGGUUUUUUUUUUGGUUUUUUUUUUUUGUUUGUUUUGGGUAUACCCCUUCACAAAUUGUAGGAUUGGUCCAGUGCAGCCAUACGCACAUUAAGAAUUUGUUUUUCACUUUCACAAAUUUUGAGCAGGUGUCAAUGUUUUGUGAUUGCAAAAAGAAACAUUUUGUGUAUUUCAGCUUGGAGCAAAACAAAACAACAGCAACAACAACUGCCUUAAUGUGUCAUAGGUGUGACUAAGCCACUGGGAUUGAGCCCACAAAGCAACUGGAUUUAUUUUUGAGAAAAGAAUGUAAUGAAAGUAAUACAAGUUAAAUAAUGUUAAUAAUUUUGUAACUGCAAAAUGUCACUAUCACUGUGACUGUAUUAUUCAAUGUAUUAGCAAAAUGCAGCUUUACUCUGAAUUAAGACCAUUGUAAAUAAUGUAAGUAAAUUAAGCUUGACUGCAUGGAUGCAAUCAAAUUUAAAUCAAAGUUGGACUGUUCAUAGGUUUAUGUCAUAACUCCAGCUGGCUCAGCUUAAAAUAUUGCUAAUAGCUGAACCCUGACAGGUCUGAAGUUGUUUUGUAUUGUUUCUCAGCCAUCAAACAUAAGUCAUUCAUUUUAGGUACAAAAUCAGAACUCAUAAACUUUAUUUAUAUGGGACUGAUUCUUAACAUCAUUUCCUUGCCAAAAAUUAAGAAUGAUGUCCUUGAUAAAACCCUAAGUAUUAAAUCUUUAGCUUUUGAAGCCACUAAAUCUUUAUUUCCUGUCUUUAACCAUCCUGCAUUAAAAAUGGAAACAUACCAUUGUUCAUUGCUGUUAAUGAUCUUAGCAAACGUAGGGGUGGAGUGUAUGUCUUCAUAAAUGUAUUUCCCUUCACCUCAUAGACCAAUCAAAAUGUCUCAUUUAUUUUUUACUCUACCCGCUUGUCGGUGCCUUCCAAAAAAAAUCUUUAUCUGGUUUUUAAACUUCUGCAAGGAACAGUGGGGUAUUUUUGAUGUGAACUGAACUGUGCUUAUGUAUUUGGUGUGAGCAAUGCUGAGCUACAGUAGCAUUAUUGAUUAUAGUGACAGUCUACAAAACUGAGAUUGUAACUGACUUUGAAAGGAACCGUUGGUAGCAAACUAAAAUCUUAUUGCUCCAUUCAUUUUAAACAUCUCAUCAUUUUAGAACAGAACUGGUGUUUAAAAAGAGCAUUCUAAUGAAAGUUUGAUAAUAAUAAAUGUAAUAAUGUACAUUUUGCAAGAGUACUGUGUAAGCUCUUAGACCAUGCUGGUAUAUUUAAGUUUGUAUACAUUUAGUGUUUUAACCUCUUUUAAAUGGAGUGUAUUUUUUCCUUAUUUGCAUGUUCCUUGAUUGUAUGUAUACAUAUUUUCAAAAAGCGUUUGUUGUAUUUCACCUUUGAGGAACACUUGUACAUUGUUUGAUAUGUUCUUUCUAAUUCAUAAAGCAUUUUGUACAUUAUGGAUAUUGAAACAUGUAUUUGGCAUAUACAUAGGUAUAUAUUUGGUAAAAUGCAUACAUACAUUUAUGGACACACACACACACACAUAUAUAUAUAUAUAUACUGGCAUGUUUUUGGUCAUGUUUUUUCAUGAUCUAGUUGUCUGAUUUUUAUUUAAUUUCCCCUUUUUCUUAAAGAAAAGCUCAUAAUUUUGCUGCCAUUUUCCUGGCUUGCAGUAUAGAGCACUUAAAGCUGAUCUUGUUCAUUGUGUGAAAAUAAAUGACUUUAUUGAAACCCA